AUGAAGAACUACUAUGCUUUCAUUGCGGAGCAGACAAGAGCGGACUCCUCGUACACUGAACCCUUUAAAACGGGUGAUAAAGUUGAGGUUGACUCAGCACUCAACGCAACCCAAUUUUGGUUAGAAUCACCACCAGCUGGUAUCGUGCUUCCCCCAAGCGACCACUACAUGUUCUUCACUGGAUACAACCUAGUCAACAAUGGAAACGAUGGAAAUGCAGGGAAGGCUUACACAGGAGUUAUGUGCAUAGCCGAUUCAUUUGUGAUCUCGGGAACUAGUGUUCGGCUUAAGGGAAGUACAUCUAUAGUAGAAGACAAGCAAGGAGCUGGGACAGCCACGACAGCCGCCCACGAAAUGGGCCAUGCAUUUAGAGCUUUACACGACAGUAACGUUGGAUGCGAUGAUACAGAUCAGUACAUCAUGGCAACAUCGAGUUUUCCGGUUAAUGACGCAACAAGAGCCAGGCAUCCAUGGCAAUUUUCGACCUGCUCUGUUAGAGAUAUAAGGGCUUUUGUGGAAAGAACCGAUGUAGACUGUCUAAAUGAUAACCGCUAUGGGGAUGGUGUUGUGACAACAACUGAAACAGCUGGUCAGUAUUACGAUAAAGACACUCAAUGUAAAAUGCUGGAAGGAGAAGAUUCCAGAUUUUGCAACGAAUUCUUUCCAGUUAACAAGGACGAAAUGUGUUACCGUGGCUAUUGCUUGACAGAAACCACACCCAGUGGUGGAAUUCGCUGUGGUACAGCCAAUUUAAUGGAGUAUUCAACAUGUGAUACUAACAGGUGGUGUUAUAAAGGCUUGUGUAUCAAGGCCAACAACGCAGCGCCGAUCUUUGUGAACGUACCAACUUCGCCGGUACAAGUCGCAUCUAAUGCCCAAGGUGUUAUCUAUACAGUACAAACGUUUGACGCAGAUGGUGAUACGCUAACUGUACACAUAACCUACGAUCCGUCAAGCGUUUCGUCCUACCUCACCUUCGACACCAAUACAAAGAGGUUUUCAGUUCGUCCAGGAUCCAAUUUAGCUGACCUUCAAAUAAGCAACUUCAGUUUGAUCAUGUCCGUUGAUGACGGGCUACUGCUUUCACUACCAGUAAACGUGGAUUUUCAGAUCACAGCCCCAAUUACCAACCAACCCCCCUCCUUCACACAGUCUUCAUACAAUUUCACCGUUAAUGAAGGCAAAGCCGGGGACGUUGUUGUGUCAACUUUACUCAAUAGAGUGACGGAUCCGGAUGCGAAUACCCAAUAUUUCUUCAUUCUUCAACUGGUUACCACCAACUCAAUCUAUUUUACGAUCGAUUCUUCAUCAGGUCGGAUUACCUACGCCAAAGAUUACGACUACGAUCCGAUUCGUUUACCAAACAAUGUGCAGCUAUCUGUUGAAGUUCGAGACCAAACCGGAUUCUCCGAUACGGCUACAAUAUUUUUGACAAUCCUCAACGUCGAUCAACCACCAGUUUUUCAAAAUUUGCCCACUACGAUCAACCUUCAAGAGAAUACUGCUCCAGGAACUUUAAUAUACGACGUAAUGGCUACCGACAGCGACUCGACGGACACGAUUCGGUACCUCUUCCCGACCAGCAAUUUUUUCAUUUCCACAUACUUAGAUCUGAACGUCAAUACUGGGGCAAUUACAUUUAAAGCUGGUUCCAACCUCAAUUACGAGAAUCUCGCCAUGACCACUUUUCAAAUCCCAAUCAGGGUGUUAAGCGCUCAAGCAUCUCGGGAUGCCAUACUGACUAUUGCUGUUAUCAAUGAAAACGAGCCUCCCAAAUUUACCCGCUCAAGCUACGAAGUUACAACGACCACAGGACCGAAAGACCAAGUGAUAGUAGAAAGCUUAACUGGGGUCGUAUCGGAUCCGGAUUUUGGAGACAGGAUCGCGCAGUUUGGUAUUGAACCCGGUCAAUACGUCUACCUCUUUAAUAUUAAUCCAACAAAUGGUCGAAUAACGUUCUCACAGGAAUAUGGGGUCGACCGAUCUGUGUACCCAAGUCAAGUUGCGUUGGUCGUUACAGCUACCGAUACGACCGGUUUAAAGGGAACGGCAGUUCAUACAAUUACGGUCAACAUUGGUAACAGAAAGCCCACAUUAACCAAUCUACCAAGUACCAAAUCAGUUUCGGAAAAUACAGCAGGAGGAACUUCUAUUUUCCAAGUGUUUGCCCAAGAUCUUGACGGUGACGCAACCACCUUCCUGCUACAAACAUCAAUUCCUGUCAAUCAAAAUCAAUUCACCGUUUCCUCGGCUGGUGAAGUCACGGUACGACCUGGUGCGGUAAUUGAUUUUGAAAGUUUACCAGAACUGAUGUACCUGACCAUUGCCGCAUUUGAUGGGAAAGCGUCGUCACCAGCAGCAAACCUGACUUUGGUGAUCACUAAUGUCAAUGAACCACCUUCUUUUACCCAAACCAGAAUUGGCUUUAGUGUCAACGAAGGACGGGCAGGACAGCUCCUAGUCCCAAACCUUCUUCCAUACAUAACAGAUCCUGACCGAAGCGAAAGCUUCAAUUUCGCAAUCACACAAACCAAUCUGGGCGGUUACUUCUUCAUUAAUGAUAUCAAUGGUGCGAUAUCUUACCAGCUGAACUACGAUACUGAUCCGGCGCGACUACCAAAUACGGUUCAACUUGUCGUAACUGCAACGGACUCUGGUGGAAACAGUGCCAGUACUACCGUUGUUCUCACAAUUCGAAACGUUAACCAGUCGCCAUUGUUCACCAAUCUGCCACAACGGAUUGCUGUAUAUACCGCAACUACUACCGAUGGUUCCGUUAUUUUCAAUGUAGGAGCUACUGAUGCGGACACACAGGAUUCUCUUACGAUCGGAACCACAUUCCUCACUCCUGACGCCUCCAGAUUCUUCUCGUACAGAUCAGUCGAUCGAGCAGUUCUUUUCACAGAUGGGUCCUUCUUCACCUCAAAUUCAACAUUCAGCAUCCAAUUCGUCGUAUCCGACAGUCAAUCUACCAUCACAGAUGUCCUCACUAUAGACGUUAUUGUACCAACACCAACCGGUGUAGUGUCUGUUAGAGCAGGUGUCACGAUUGAUUUUGAAACUCUACCAAACAGUAUCGAUUUGUCCAUAACUGCCACCGAGGGUACCACCAAGACCAGUCCAAAGACUUUGAACAUUGUGAUACAAAACUUGAACGAAGCACCAAAGUUCGGUCAAUCAGAAUAUACUUUUGCGGUUGAUGAAGGCCAGAAAGACGCCAUGUUGAUCCCAAGUCUUCUACAAUACGUUACAGACCAGGACUCCGGCGACUCUUUGACCUUCAAUAUCGUUCUGUCUCAAUAUUCGAAUUAUUUCAACAUUGACCCAUCAAGUGGUAGACUGGCUUAUGCUGCAGAUUACGACGCUGAUCCAAGCAGGUUACCAAAUCAAGUUGUGCUGUCGAUCCGAGUAACCGAUGCUGCGGGAUUAGUAGAUAUAGGAAACAUACGGUUGAAUAUUAGAAACAUUAACCAACAACCAGUGUUUACCAACCUACCGACGUCCCGUACCAUCAAUGCUGCCUUUACUAGUGGAAUAUUUUUCACUGUAUCAGCAAAUGAUAAGGAUUCUGGUGAUGGUUUAACAGUCUCUAUGGAGUCUUCAACAUAUUUUUCUUUCGAUCCAAGCGGUAAUACUCUAAGUUUUC